AGCCAUUUUGGCUCAAGGUUCCUGGUAGCCCCUUCGGUGCGUUGUUCCCACGAUGCGGUCUCCUUAUGGUAGCACCGUGCUGAGCAUGCUAGCCAAUUUCUCAUCUGAUGUGCUCGGCGCUUUCUCCGACAGCCAGGGACGACAUGUAAACACGCUUCGUGAUGCCCUUCAUUGGUGAGUUGGCUCGGAAGCUUCGGAACAUCGACCUUGCGUACAAGGUCUCGCGCCACUUUAAUGCCCAGUACCUCGAUGACACCAUGCGGCUACUUCGUCAGGAGCUUCAAGCGUUCGGCACCAAGGAGCAGCUUAAGCAGCAAGUGUUCUUUGACAAGGAUGCUCUCUUCUCGCCGAUGCAGCCCUUCCGUGACCAGCUGCAGUCGUUGGCCAGCCGGGUGGAUGAUUGGGAAGCCCGCCUUCCGCUUCCAAACAGUUCUGAUUCGUAUGAUCCUGGCCUCUCUCAUGCAUUUCCCGAAAAUGGCGACCCUGUGCCCAAGAAGCAAAUCACUGUGGAGGUGUCCUUUGCUCGCGCUGCACACCGUCAAGAGAAUAUCGACCUCCAGUUGGAGGUGAGCAUGGAAGAGAUCGCGGAGAAGACGAACACGAUCAAUCAAGGAUAUGAACACUGCAUCGGAGAAGUUCAGAGUGACGCGGGAUGGCUCUGUCUCGGCACCGUAGCUCUCUCAUGGGUUUGACAAUUUUCCCCAUUGCAAGCGGUACAGCACGUGAGGUUUAGUUUUUGGCUUUAGUACAUCUACGCACGAUACUCUUAUGGUAGUAUACCUGGCUUGUUUGCGCUUUCAAUUCCCUUCGCGUUCAAAACCGUUGGGGCCAUGGUUGCAUCCGCCCGUUGUUCACGGCCCGCGCUCAGGCCAUCGCGAAACAAACGACAGGCCGUGCGGAGGCUGCGUCUCCGACAGGAGCGGCCGUGGUGAUUAGCCGCUCGGCACUGGGGCGUGCGCCGUGGACGGACCCUCUCUCUCUCUCUCUCUCUCUCUCUCUCCCCCCUCAGUUCAUGUCGUGUCCGCCUGCCUUCGUUUCCGCUCCCGCCGUUUCGUGUCCGCUUUCCUCGUCUCCCAAUCCAAUGCGAUCAUCAGCA